AUGGCAAUCCUAUUGGCCGUCUUGUCUGCGGCCGUGAGCUCUCAGCCAAUCACAGACACUCAGCGACUGUUCACAAUCGCAGUCAGCCGAGUCCAACACCUGCAUCUGCUGUCACAGCGCUACUUCAGCAACUUUGAGAACUCUCUGGGCCCGGAGGAGAAGCGACUGCUCAAUAAAGUUUUUCUGCAGGAUUUUUGUAACUCUGAUUACAUCAUCGGUCCCAUCGACAAGCAAGGAACCCAGAGCAGCUCUCUCCCUCAGCUCCUCCUCGUCUCCUUGCGUCUCAUUGAGUCCUGGGAGAUUCCGUUUCGUUCUCUCUCAGUUUUGUCCAGAGAUCAGAUCUACACCAAACUGUCAGAGCUGAAGAUUGGACUGGAUCUGCUGAUCAAGGCGAAUCAGGAGGAAACAUUUGUGGAAGAGGGCAUGGCUUUGGGCCCGUUUGAAGUCUAUGAUCAAAGGCUUUCCCCGGAUCAGAAUCUGCGACGAUGCUAUGAGCUGCUGGCGUGUUUCCGCAAAGACAUGCACAAGGUGGAGACUUAUCUGACUGUGGCCAUGUGCCGCCUGUCACCAGAGGCCAACUGUACGCUGUGA